CCCAAAAAACAUCAACGAGAUUAACUUCCGAUAUUUUCACCGUGACGAUGGUUGUGACAUCCUUUACCUUAACGUGUCUAUCUUCCUGCAAUCAAAUUUCAUCUUCUCUUCAUGUUUUCCGCCCCAUUCAUUCUAAUCCCAAGUCGAAUAAAGUUGCGAAUUUCUAUUCCUCUUCUGGUGUGUUCUCUGUAAAAGCCUACUACGAGAACCAGAAUUCCAUUUCUGGUUUUGCAAACAAAGUCAUUGGUUCACUGCCGGUUAUUGGCCUUUUAGCUAGAAUUCUCAGCGAUGAAGGCGGCGUUGGUAGUGAUACUGUUGAUUUUGCUGAGUUUCGAAGAAGGGUUGGGAAUAACUGUGGCAUCAAUGAUUCUAAAGCUUUCUAUGACUUCCAAGAACGGCGUGGACGGGCAGGAGAUCCUUUGUAUGUUUUAAUGUGCUGUUGGGUAGCUGCUGUUGGUGCUGGUCUACUAAAAUCUGAGGAAAUUUUGGAGGGGGCGACUAGGCUUCGUAUUUCAAAUGAUCUUGAAUUUGAAGAGCAGAACUUCAUUGCCUUGAUGAAUGAGGCUAAAGAGAGACGAUCUAAAUUCAAUGUGGCUAUCCCAAGUAUCGCAAUGGAGGUUCGAGCUGAGAAGGCUCUUGAAGCAGUUUAUGUUUGUUGCUUCAGGAGGGAAGCUAUAGAAGAGGAGGACAAGAGACUUCUAAUUACCAUGCUUAGUGCUGUUUUCCCAUCGGUUAAGCCGGCAGAGAUAGAGAGAAUUGUGAAAGACAGGGCAAGGAAAGUAGCCGAAGGCAGCGAUGAGAACGGUUUUCCAGAGCCAAAACCUCUACCAGAAGAAGCUGUAAAGCUUCAAAUGAAAGACCUUCAAUUUCUUCAACAAAAUAGGGACACUUGAAUAGUUUUUGGUGUUAGUGAAAAGAAAGAACGAAGCAUUGCCAACUGAAAGAGGUUUCCCUAAAUUCUACUUCUAAGAAAUUAAUAAGCAGACUGAAAAUUAAAUUGAUGAGUUAUUAUAGUAUUGCUAAA